CGAAAGUGUUUCUUUAAUGUUGCUCACAAGACGCUGGUACAAGACGCUGUUGCUGAAGUAACGACCAAAUGUCUCCUUCAGGAAUAAUGGUGACUGGACCAGAUAGUCUGUAUGUGACUCUGCUGAUUCUCCUCCACAGUUUAACCUCUGUGUCUGCAAAGUUUGAGGUUCUGGGUCCAACUGAACCCAUUGUUGCUGUGGCUGGUGAUGACAUCAUUCUGCCCUGUUACCUCAAACCCAACAUCAGUGUUGAAGACAUGACAGUGGACUGGCGUAACCUUGACUUUGUAAAUUAUCCUGUCUAUCUAUACCAAAAUGGCAAAAACAUCUUAGAGGAUCAGAAUCCCUUCUACAGAGGAAGAACAUCACUGUUUAAAGAGGAACUGUGGAGGGGAAACACCUCUUUAAAACUGACCAGGGUACAAGGGACUGAUGAGGGACAUUAUGAAUGCUUAAUUAAGUCACAGAGCUGGUAUGAUGAUGUUGAAAUUCAAGUCCAUGUUAAAGCUGUAGGAUCCAGACCAGUGGUGUCCAUUGAAGGACACCGAGAGGGAGGGAUGGGUCUGGUGUGUCAGUCUGAAGGCUGGCACCCUGAACCUGAUCUGGUGUGGCUGGACAGUAAAGGAGUCAGUCUCUCUGCUGGACCUCCUGAGAAACACAGAGACUUAAAGGGAUUCUACACAGUCAAACAACAUGUCAUUGUCCAGGAGACUGACACCAACCUCUUUACCUGUAGAGUCCAACAGAGACGAAUCAAGGAGGAGGUGGAGACAGAGGUUCACAUCCCUAGUGAGUUGUUUGAUUACGCAACUCCAUGGAAACUGUCCUUCCUUGUGUUAUUCCCUUUGGGAGUCAUCACUGUGAUUGGGUUAGCUCUGACUGUCUACUGGAUACAUAAAAAGAAAGGUGCGAAAAUAGAUCAACUCAUCCAACAUCAGGAACAACAGAAAUCUGUGCUGGCAUACCUAUGGAAGAAUGACAAGACUGAUGACCUAAGGAAGGAGAAUGACAAGACUGAUGACCUCCUAAACCUUGAUUACCUGUGGAGAGAGGCAUACCUCAGGAAGGAGAAAGAUGAACUCAGGAAGGAGACUCUUGAUCUCAGGAAGGACUAUGUUUUGGAAGCCAUCAGAAGAUAUGCAGUGGAUGUGAUUCUAGACCCUGAUACUGCACAUCCAGAACUCAUCCUGUCAGAUGACGGGAAACAACUGAGUCCUGUAAGCAUAAAACAGGAUCUCUGUGACAACCCAAAGAGGUUUACAUAUUAUCCCAUUGUCAUUGGGAAGGAGGGUUUCUCCUCAGGGAGAUUCUACUAUGAAGUUCAGGUGAAGGAGAAGACUGACUGGACUUUAGGAGUGGUCAGAGAGUCAGUCGACAGGAAGGGGGGGAUGACAGUGAGCCCUGGUAAUGGAUUCUGGACUGUGUGGCUUUUGAAUGGAGGUUAUAAGGCUCUCACUGACCCCCCUGUCCCCCUCUCCCUGAGAGAGAAGCCCCAGAAGGUGGGGGUGUUUGUGGAUUAUGAGGAGGGACUGGUCUCCUUCUUCAAUGUGGAGGCCAGGUGUCACAUCUACUCUUUCACUGGUCAAACCUUCACUGAGAAACUCUAUCCUUACUUCUAUGCUGGUUAUGACUCAGAACCACUGGUCAUCUGUCCUGUAGAUGUCACUGACUGACUGUUUUAAAUCAAACAACCCACUGGUCAUCUGGAUAACUCUUUAUAAUAAGAUGCCCUAAAGGGUUUAUAAAGGCUUUAUUAUGAUGCUAUUAAUGUUAUUUAAUAAUUUUUAAUGUAGUAUACACCAUUUAUUAACCAUUAUAACACAUUGCUCAAAAGAGUGCAAUAACUCGUCAGUUCUUGCCAAAUAGUUGGCCAAUAUAUUAUUUCAGUAAAUGCUUUAUUUCAAGUGUUCAUAAAGCAUUUACAACUGCUUCUAUGAUGACCUGUUAUGUACCUGGUUGUGAAUGUUUGCAGUUGGACAAUGCAGUUCUUUGCUGUUAUUUUCCCCCUUUUGGGUUUGACGUGUUGGUGCUGUCCCAUGAACAGCGGUUGGUUUAAUGUCUAAUUAUGUUUCUUUGCCCAUAUUUACAACUGACAUCAUGUAAUCAUAUUAUUAUACUUACCCUUCACUAUAUCAUUUAAAUUAUAACACACUUUUAUUCAAUAAUCCAUAUUUAGUGUGUGCACCAAUGUGAAUUGUAACUGUACAUACCUUUGGUCUUCAGUCUUCUCAUUCUUCAGUCUUCACGCUUCAUCUUUUCUUAUUUGUUAUUUACUUUUACCUUGAUCGCCUAUAACCAUUUACAAAUGAGUAAGAAUGAGUUAUAAAUGCUUGAAAGGAUACCUUAUUAUAAAGUGACACACAAAUUACCGUUUAUAAAGGAUUAACAGGCAGUUAUAACUGCUGGAACGAUACCUCAUUAUCAAGUGACACACAAAUUAACGUUUAUAAAUGAUUAAUAGGCAUUCAUAACUGCUGAAGGAUACUAUAUUAUGGGCAUGAAAAGAAUGAAAUUAAGCUUGAUUGAACAAGUCAUUAUA